AGCAGCCGCUCCGCGAGCCGCACUUCCGCAUCCCGUCUGCAGACGUUUGUCCUCCUCCUAAGUUCGCUGGUGUUGGGUCGUGCUCCUCGCUCUCGGUCGGAUGUCGGACAUGGAGGAAAUGCUCUCAUUCAGGGAUGUGGCCAUUGAUUUCUCUGCAGAGGAGUGGGAAUGCCUGGACCUUGCUCAGUGGAAUCUGUACAGGGAUGUGAUGUUGGAGAAUUACAGCAACCUCGUGUUCCUGGGUCUUGCUUCCUGUAAGCCAUACCUGGUGACGUUUCUAGAGCAAAGACCAGGGCCUUCAGAUGUGAAAAGAGAAGCAGUUGCGACCUUGCACCCAGGGGCAACGUCCUAUAAAUGCCAAGAAUUUGACAAGGCCUUUGAUUGGAACUCAGUCCUCAUUCAACACCAGAGAAUUCAUCCUGUGGAGAAGCCCUACAAGUGUGAGGAAUGUGGGAAGGUGUUCAGCGCUCACUCAGCACUUUCUAUCCACCAGAGGAUUCACACAGGAGAGAGACCCUAUAAAUGUGAGGAGUGUGGCAAGGCCUUUAGUACCCGCUCAGCACUUUAUAUCCACAAGAAAAUCCACUCUGGAGAAAAGCCCUACAAGUGUGAGGAGUGUGCAAAAGCCUUUUAUUUCCCUUCACUGCUCAAACAGCAUCAAAGAACUCACUCUGCAGAGAAUCUCUGCAAGUGCGAGGAAUGCGGCAAAGCCUUUUAUUUACCUUCAUUCCUUAAACAACAUCAGAGAAUUCACUCUGCAGAAAAUCCUUACAGGUGUGAGGAAUGCGGCAAAGCCUUUUCCUACCCCUCAACCCUAAAGCAGCAUCAAAGGAUUCACUCUGGAGAGAAACCAUACCGUUGCAAUGAAUGUGGUAAAGCCUUUCGUAGGUCCACAUAUUUUCACCAACACCAAAGAAUUCACACCGGAGAGAAACCCUACCAGUGUGAAGAGUGUGGGAAGACGUUUUACUACCGCUCAAACCUGAAGGGACACCAGAUUAUUCAUUCCGGAGUGAAGCCCUUCAAGUGUGAAGCCUGUGGCAGCAUGUUCAGAACGAGCUCAGACCUUUCUAAGCACCAGAGGAUCCACGCAGAGGUGAAGCUCUACAGUUGUGAGGAAUGCGGAAAAGCCUUUUCUACUCACUCCUAUCUCAUUCGGCACAAAUUAGGCCAUUCGAGAGAGAAGCCAUACAAGUGUGAAGAAUGUGGCAAAACAUUUUGUUAUCCUUCGAUCCUUAAGGAGCACCAAAGAAUUCACUCUGGAGUGAAGCCCUACAGCUGUGAAGUAUGUGGCAGCAUGUUUAGAACUCGCUCGGAACUUUCUAAACACCAGAGAAUCCAUGCCGAGGUGAAACUCUACAGUUGUGAGGAGUGUGGGAAGGCCUUUUCUACUCACUCGUACCUCAUGCGGCACAGACUGGGUCACUCUGGAGAGAAACCCUACAAGUGUGAAGAGUGUGGGAAAUCAUAUAGCUACCCCUCGCUCCUGAAGGAACAUCAAAGAAUUCAUUCUCAGAAUCCCUACAAGUGUGAAGUGUGUGGGAAGGUCUUUUGUACUCGCUCAGGACGUUCUAAACACCAGAGAAUUCACACCGGAGAGAAGCCCUACAAGUGUGAAGAGUGUGGCAAAGGCUUCUCUACUCAUUCAUACCUUACUCUGCACAAAUUACUCCAUACUGAAGAGAAACCUUACAAAUGGGAAGAAUGUGGAGAAGUAUUUUAUACUUGCUAAAGACUUAGCAAACACCAGUAAAUUCACACUGGAGAGAAACCCCACAAAUGUAAACAAUGUGUCAAAACUUUACUGUACUUCAUCUUUAUUAAACACAAAGCACUUCCUACUGUAGAGAAACCAUACAGAUGUGAAGAAUGUGGCAAGAUGUUUUACUGUACUUCAGACUUUAAGGACCAUUUGACAGUUGAUGCAGGGGAGAACCCCUACAAAUGUGAAGACUGUGGUAAAGCGUUUCGUGUUCGCUCAAGACUCUCUGUCCACCAGAAAAUUCACACUGGAGAAAAACCCUACAAAUGUGAAGAAUGUGGCAAGGCCUUUAAUACCCAUACAAAACUUUCUGUCCACCAGAGAAUUCACACUGGAGAAAAACCUUACAAGUGUGAAGAAUGUGGCAAGGCCUUUAGUUCUCACUCAACACGUUAUAGACACCGGAAAAAUCAUACUGGAGAGAAACCCUACAAGUGUAAAGAAUGUGACAAAGUAUUUUCCUACCCUUCAUUGCUUAAGGUACACCAAAGAAUUCAUUCUGCAGAGAAAUCCUACAAGUGUGAAGAAUGUGGGAAAUUAUUUUACUGUCCUUCGUUGCUUAAGAAACAUCAAAUAAUUCAUUCUGCAGAAAAGCCCUACAAGUGUACGGAGUGCGGCAAAGCCUUUCACUAUCCUUCGUUGCUUAAGCGGCAUCAGAGAAUUCACACGGGGAAGAAGCCCUAUAAAUGUACAGACUGUGACAAGGCCUUUUACUCUUCUGCAUUCCUGAAGCGGCAUCAAAGAAUUCACUCUGAAGAGAAUUCCUACAAGUGUGAAGAAUGUGGCCGACGGUUUUACUCUUUUGCACACCUUCAGGAUCACCAACGGUUUCACUCUGGAGAGAAACCAUACAAAUGUGAAGAGUGUGGGAAAUCAUUUUCUACUCUCUCAUACCUUCCCUGGCACAAAUUGCGUCAUUCAGGGGAGAAGUCUUACAAAUGUGAAAUAUGUGGCAAAAUGUUUUACUCUACAUUAGACCUUAAAAAACACAAAAAAAUUCAUAUUUAUAAGUGUGGGGAAUGUCACUAUGCCUUUCCGAAUUACUCAGCCCUUACUGAACACCAGAGAGUUCAUACUGGAGAGAAACCACACAUAUGUGAACAAUGUGGAAAAAUCUUUUCUAGACUUGAUAGCCUCAAUCAGCACCAGAUUGUUCAUACUGGAGAGAAACCCUAUAAAUGUGGAAAGUGUGACAAGAGUUUUUUCCGAUCUUCCUCCCUUAAAAGACAUCAAGGGACGCAUUCUUAAUAGGAAUUUGACAAGUAUGUGCAGUGGGAUGAAAUCUUGCUAAAUAGCCUUAGCCAAGACAAACGAAUCCAUCGAGUAGAGAAGUCAGGCACGUGGGAAGAAUGCUGAGUGCUUUACCAGUCAGUCAGUACUUCCUACCAACAGUAAAGUUCAUUCCGGAGAGAGAAAGCCCAAUUCUGAAGGGAGUGACAAGCCUUUAGUGUUUCUUUAUAUCUUAAGUAGCACAAGAAUUUCCAUCAAAGCAAUAGUGUGAGGGAUGUGGUGAAGGUUUGAGUUAUCUUUCAGCCCUGGUUCAACCUCAGUAAUUCUCACCUGAGAAAAACCCUACUUGUGCAGAAAAGGACCAGGGCUUAGCUAUUCUUCAUGGCUAUAUGUUUGGAGAUUUCAUUCUGAUGAGAAAGUCUACAAAAGCAAUAAGUGUGGCAAGUUCUCUACGUGUUCUUCACACUCUCAAUAUCUGCAGAUCCUUCAUACUACAGAGAUACUCUACACAUACAAACACUGUCCCUAAGGCUUGAACAGUACUUCAACCUUCAGCAACACCUAAGCAUUGAUAUAGGUGAGAAUCCCUGCAAAUACAAAUGCCCUCCUUAGCUUCAGCUGUCAACUUCAUCUAGCCCAGCAUUAUCUCACUGGGUGCUUUUCUGGAUCAGAGUGCCUUAUGGGCAUGUCUGGGGGUCAUUUUGUUGACUGGUAAGUGUAACACCCGAUUUUGUGUUACCCCCUCGGUACAGUUCGUGUGCCACUGUACCGUACACGAGUCGGGCAAGGGCAUGGAGAUUGAAAGAACACACAGAGAGACCUGGGUCAUUCGAAAGGAGAUCAGCCGAAUGCCGUUUAUUCAACCUUGGGGAAAUCCUUAUAUACCUAGCUGCUCUACAAGGAUUUCAGCCCAGGCAGAUGGGAAAUUACUACACCAAAGAUGGAGUAAACAAUGCCCUACAGCUAAUCACCAGGCAGGGCAGGGGGAGCACAGGAACAAACAGAAUGCUUUAGCUGGCUGACCAGAAACUGUCUUCAUGAUGAACCCUAGGAACAAGGAAAGACCCGGGCCCUACAGGUAAGUGGUGUAGGAGAGUCUACCCAGGACACGCAGCACCACCCUGGGGAAGUGUUAUGGGUCACAUAAGAAUUGUGCGUGAGCAGGAGGCUAAGAAACAUAUUAGGAAGCAUGAUUUCUAUUUCCCUUCCUAUCCCUGGAAGAGGAACACUAGACCCUUAGGUUGAAAUAAAAAUUUUGCUCCCCAAAGUUGUUUUUGGCCCUACCUUUCAUGACUCCAACAAGUUAAUGUAUGACAGUGAAGGACACGAGGAGGCAUUUCACUCCUCUUCAUACCUCUCUUCCCACAAUGCUCUGUGUCAGAUACCUUUAGAUGUAUUCUGCCUCUACUGGACAGCAGAGCUUUCACACUACAGAAGAGUCCUAUUGAUACAAAGAAUAUGACAAAGAACUUUAUGUUUCCUUUAUUUAACACCCAAAAUUUCAUGCUGUAGAUGAACUUUGUAAGAACAAAGACAGUAGCUACAUGUUGAACAAUUGUUGCAAACGCAACAUGAGAGAUUUAAUUGUGAAUGGAACUAACAUAAUUGAUAAGAGAAACAAUUUAUUCUACUCUUCAUACCUUAACAUCAAAAAAUAUAUUUUGUAUAGGAAACCCUACAAAUUAAAUAGUGACAGAGUCUUAAGUCCUUAGGGCCCAUGAGUGAAUUCAUAUUGUAGAGAAGCCUUCUACAUAAAAUGACACUAGGAGCCUCCAUUUUUAUUAUACAUACCUCAUAAUAGCAAAUGAACUACUCUAAUACCAAUAGUGUAGCAACGUCUUUUUUUUAUAACUUAUACAUAGAAAUGGAUAUAAUUGUAAGCAGGGUUUUCUCUCUCACAACCUUUCUAAAAUAAUCCUUCAGAGGCUUAUUAUUAUAAAUGCUAGACCUAUAGCUCAAAAUUAACUUUAAAUUUGUAUCAGUAAGCCAAAAUCCAUACCAAUAUGUAAGAUUAAUAGUUUUUUUGGACUAAAGUAGUUUCAGUAAUCUAUCCUUUUUCCAAUAAUUUUUAUAUCUACCUUCUUUUAGAAAGAGAUAUUUGAAUUUAAUUUAAAUUUAAAAUUUAAUUUACUUUUAGCUUUUCUUCUAGUAUGAGCAAUACAAUAACAUUUUGUAACCAACACCCUAAACAAAGACAAAUGUCUAAUUCUUUUGGGGAAGAAUGUGAAUGCAGUUCUCUAGCCUACUUUCUGUUGGUUGGGGGCACUAAUCAUAUUUGGGCAACAUGAGAAAAUUUAGAAUUAUAGUCAAGUCCUGACUGGUGUAAUCUGUGAAGCUAUAUCAUCUCAGCCAGCAACCUUGAAGCUGCUCUGGAUAUAGAAUUAUGAGGAGACUGUAACAGAGGCAUUUUGAAAUGCUGAAUCACUUGAACCAUCCAUUUUUAUUAGUAUUUAGUCUGUUUAUUCUGAAAAUACAUAAAAUUUUAAAGGUAACAUCUAAAUAGACUGCAUUGUACACAAGUCAGCCAAAGAGGAUUUCCUGUUAUGUGUUUGAGCAGAUAAAAUGUACAUCAUAUGCCCUGUAGAUCUUCCAGGUUUAUUUCUUUAUGACUGCAGUCAGGAUUUCAGAGCCUCUUCCUUGAUCAAACCUGGUUUUCUUUAACCUGAAAUGAUUCCACAGCCUCCCAUUUUGUUGUAGAAAUAAAAGCAGAACCUCUUUCCCAAAGAAACAUAUCUUUUUCUUUUUUUUUUCUUUUUUGAGACGGGGUUUCUCGGUGUAACAGAUAUGGCUGUUACAGCUGUGUCCUGGAACUAGUUUUGUAGAUCAGGCUGGCCUUGAACUCACAGAGAUCCACCCGCCUCUGCCUCCCAAGUGCUGGGAUUAAAGGUGUGUACCACCAGUGCCCUGCUGGAGUUAAAUUUUGAAGUCAAUAAAAAUUUUAAAAUAUAUAGGUUGGAUUAUAUAUUUUUGAUCAAAUAUUUCUUUGCAUCUAUUGUAUCCUCAGCCAUCAAACAAUUCAAAUACAACACAGUAACAUACAGUAUCCAGAUUCUCUGUGUAUUUUCCAUCUUUAUGUGUUUUUUUUAUAUUACUUUACUCCCUUUUUAGGACUUUAUUGUUGUAAAACUAUAUAUGUAUUUUUAUGACUGUCCCUACUGUCUCUUUUCAAUCCCAAGCCUAUGUAUAUUUUUAAACACACUGUAAACCAUUUAGAGUUUUUUUUUUUUUGUCUGAAUCCAUCUUUACUGCCUAUGUCUAUCUUUUUUCAACACCCGAAUGUUUAAAUUGUCAAGUGGUGUAGCUACGACCAAAGCAGUAGCCUUGGUAGCUGGCUCUGACCAGUUCCUUGGCCCGUGAGAGCUUAGCUUCAUGGUAGUUACCGCCGGGAGCCACAUUUACUGCCCCAACUCAGAGGAGUUUCUGGGUUCAUGCCAUCACGGAGUAGCCUGCCACCUGCUGUUCAUAAACUCCACGUAAGUGUUGGGUAGCAGAACUCACAAGAGAGCUAACUGCCUCCAACAUAAACUAGGAAGCUGCAUCUUCAAGGAGCCAUGCCUCUGCUUGCUGCCACCAAAGAGGGCCCACCCACGGAAAGACCAUCAUCAAGAAGCUGUGCUUAACACUGUUCUUUUGUGUCUUUUGAAUCCUCUUUUUAAUUUUCACAUGUUUUAUGUGGCAGUUGGUGCCAAACAUUUGGAAGCCAUAUGUUGGCAGAAGUUUGUUUGUCCAGCAGCUGCUCUCAAAUAAACACUCAGAGGUUUAUAUUAAUUGCA